GUGGACAGUGGGUAUGAGGGUGGGUGUGAUGGAGGUGGACAGUGGGUAUGAUUCUUUGGGAAUUUCACACCAUACAUUCCAAUCCCGCUCACCUCUCAGUCCCUCCAUGUCCAUCCUUUACCUCUGCAGCGCGCCCCCCCAAAUUAAUUAAAAACAAAACAACAGAAAAACCCCACCUUGCUCCUUCAUCUUUCCAACAUCUCUUCAUCCAUCCUAGUGGCAUCGGGAGCUGCGGGGUGUCACACAGUACACUCUUUUGUCCAAUCAGCUCCACCCACAAAAUGUUCAUUGCAAUGAGUCAUUGCUCUGGUUCAAGGCCUCUGGCACACCAUCAUCACUGAACCCUCGCCAAAACUCCUCUUGGAUAUCCGGCUGUUGCCCUGAGUCAUAGAGAUCCUGUGGUUAUCAUUCCGCAGGAACAGUCCCUUCACACAUUCUAGGAGGUCAUAGAUGGGGUAGAAGCUGGGGUGGGCCAACCCAAGGCCCAGAGUGUGUAGACCCUCCUCUUUUAACAACCGUUACAUCAUUCAGAGUAGGCAUUUCUUUUCUCCUCUGUCCUAAGAAAUCAACAGGUGCAUACUGGCUUUCUGGUACGUGUCCAACCCACCAGUGGCGAAGAAGUUUAAGGCAAUUCCUGACCUUUACAAGUUUAUAGUCUGCCUGUGGGGAUGAAUGAGAGCUCACGAUGCCACUUACAAUCCUUGACAUGAAGCGCUUCAUAACUAAGUACUAAAAGUAUAGAAGACAUGGCAGGUGUUAUGGAACCCCCCACACCCCAAUACUGGGGUUAAAGGCAAUGGCCAUGCCUGGCUUUCAUAUGGGUGUUAGGGAUUUGAACUCAGGUCCUCUGGACGCAUCCACCGAGCCAUCUCCCCAGGCCCUGGCAUACACUGUUGUUGUUACUUGUAAAGACAAUUUAUUUGGUAUUGGGGAGAACUCUGCAAUGCCCCUCCUCUCCUCAACUCACACAAACUGAGUGGCAGAGAAGUGUUUGCCUGGAAAGAAAAUGUGGAUGCUGUCCAGGAAGUGAAACCAAGUUCAACUAGAUUCUUCGUUGUUGUUUUGUUUUUUUCAAGACAGGGUCUCACUAUGUAAUUCUGACUGUCCUGGACCUCACUCUGUAGACCAGGCUGGCCUUGAACUCACAGAGAUCUGCUUGACUCUGCUUCCCAAGGGCUGGAAUUAAAGGCAUUCGCCACUAUGCCCAGCUAGUUUCAACUAGACUCUUAAAAAAUGAAGGACACAGGGCCCUGGAGACCACCCAUGGUCUCACUGUAACCCCUUCAUACCUUAUAAAAGUCUUGAACCAAGUGAAGGAGGAAGGUGAAGCAGAGUCUCUUCUAUUUUCUACUGGCCUUGAGUAAUCCAACUAACGUCCACUAAUGUCUGUCUCCCCCCGGGCUUUUAGUACAGCAGUGAGCAGACUGACUUAAGAUCUGACAACACCGGGUGUCCACCUGUGGUUGAUUAAGCUCUGUCUGUCUGUCUUUCUGAAGAAGUGGAAUGCACCCAAGGCCAGUGGCAAGUGUCUCGGCAACAGACUCUCAGCAAGGGCUGACGCCAUUUUUUUUCACCUGUCAACUCUGGAGAGGUCUUGCUCUGAUUGGCUGGCAGACAGUGGAUGUGAAUCUGAGGACAAGAGAAGACGGGUUGUUGAAAGUGACUCUUCCAGGUUCCUGCAACUUUCUGAGGGCGUGUUGGACUAGCAGGCGGGCUUUCCACACAGCAAGGCUGCACGCAUCCUGGGGGGCAUGUCUGCAUAGUCCUUUCCAGGUAGGAGCCGUGUGCUGCAUGGAGCGUGAGUUUGCUCAAGCGAGUCAAACCGUCUAACGUAAGCUCGGCUAGUUCUCAGGACUGGGAUGGAAGAGUCAGUACCGGCGGAAAGCCAGGGCCAGCUCCCAAGCCCCCACCAUGGCUCACUGAGGAGGGCAGUGGCUGCUGCCCUGGCCCUGGAUGGGGAGUCCACACUGGGCCGCAGGAAGAAGAAGAGGAAAGAGUCUCGCCCAGAAUCCAUCAUCAUCUACCGGUCAGAUAAUGAGAAGAUGGAUGAGGAGCCUGAAGAAUCAGAAGGCGGAGAUCGGCCCAAAGAGGAGGAGGGGGAGGAUUUCCUGGACUAUCCUGUAGAUGAUGGUGUGUGGAACAUGCCUUUGGACAGCCGCUACGUCACACUAACUGGGACCAUCACCCGAGGGAAGAAAAAGGGUCAGGUGGUGGAUAUCCAUGUCACUUUGACGGAGAAGGAGCUGCGGGAACUGACCAGACCCAAGGAGCUGUCAAGGGAAGCCGCCCCGGAGGGAGGAAGGGCCUGCGAGGUGGGGGCCGACCAGGGCCCGCACGUGGUCCUCUGGACACUGGUCUGCCUCCCCGUGGUCUUCGUCCUUUCUUUCGUGGUGUCAUUCUACUACGGCACCAUCACCUGGUACAACAUCUUCCUCGUGUACAACGAGGAGAGGACCUUCUGGCACAAGAUUUCCUACUGCCCCUGCCUCAUUCUCCUCUACCCGGUGCUCAUCAUGGCCAUGGCCUCCUCCCUGGGACUCUAUGCCGCCGUGGUCCAGCUCUCGUGGUCUUGGGGAGCAUGGUGGCGAGCUGCCUGUGACAUGGAGAAAGGCUUCUGUGGCUGGCUCUGCAGCAAGCUGGGGCUGGAGGACUGUUCUCCCUACAGCAUUGUGGAGCUGCUGGAGUCUGACAACAUGUCGGGCAAUCUCUCCAACAAGGACCCCAUCCAGGAAGUAGAAACCUCCACUGUCUAAACCGCCAGUGACCUCUUUCCCAGGCCCGCGUAGUCCACUGGUCAUGCUACAGUUCUACCAGGUUCUUUCCUUAAAACUAUCCAGUACCCUCUACAGUCCUGGAAAAUCCUAGCUCGCACUGGUCCGUUCCACCAUCUUCGUGAUCCAACAGGGCAGAAACCAGAAAGGUGACUGGUGCCAAAGCAGUUCGUCUGAUCGACAAAUGUGUCUUGACUCUUUGCCCUAAAGUGACCCUUGAUCUGGGAUAUGAAGAUCCACUGUAAAUCCCUUCAGGGGCCUGGAGGUGUUAUGGGUGCCUGUAUUCCGGGGAAGUGUGUGCCUAAGGGUGACAGGAAGAAUAAAGAGGCUCAGGGGUAACCAAAUCCACCAAGAAAAUAGCUGGAGACGGGGUGGCACAUUCAGGGAGGUAGGCUGCUACUAUAAAGAUGGCGUGCAUCACUUACGUUUGGAUAGAACUACCUAUAACUCAAGCCCCACACAUCAGUGAACUAAACAGGAGAGAACUCUAUUUCCUUCUUAGAUAGAUGUCUGGAGGCGGACCAUCCCCAGGCCCUGUGACAUCAUCUGGAAUGCACAGGAUGGUGGCCAUCAGUGCCCUUUCCCUCAGUUUCCAAAUGCUGACCACAUCUCUGGCCAUCACAGCCUCGUUGCUGGAAAAUACACAAGAAGCAAAGGAGGGCACAAAGCCUCCGUCAAUAUUUAUGGUAUCUCAAUGACCACACUAUAGUCACAUGACCUCACAAUCGAAAGAUACUGGGAAAUGUAAUCUUUUAUCUGGGUAACUAUAUUCCUAGAUGAUAUUGGGGUUGUGUGAAUUCGUGAACAAGGGGAGAAUGGCUAUUUGGUAGUUGAGUAAGAAUCCACAUCUUAGCCAGGCAGUGGUAGCACACACCUUUAAUCCCAGCACUCGGGAGGCAGAGGCAGGUGGAUCUCUGUGAGUUCAAGGCCAGCCUGGUCUACAGAGCAAGUUCCAAGAAAGGUGCACAAAACUAUACAGAGAAACCCUGUCUCAAAAAACCAAAAGGAAAAAAAAAAAGGAAUCCACAUCUUAUGAUAGGUAUUUAGAUAAUUCAGAAUUCCAAACUACUAAUGCAGCUUUAUUUAUUUAUUCAUUUAUUCAUUUAACUAUUUUGGCUCUAGUCUUACAUGGAGAAUGUAUACAUAGAUAUGAGCUACAUACACUAUGCAUAUGCCUUGGAUAGUAGCAUCUCGUGUACUUGGCAACUUAAACUUCUGUCAUGUGGUUUCAGGUUCCUUUGGAAAACCUAUUAGAUAGGAUCAUACGGUUAUAUAACCACAGUAUAAUUCUUCCUGGAAAGGAAGGGGGAACAGGGAUUGACAGUAUUUAAUCUAUAAAGACAGAGGAGAGAGAGAGAGAGAGAGAGAGAGAGAGAGAGAGAGAGAGAGAGAGAGAGAAUGAAAAUCUGCCAAACACUAACUAACCCAGCAGGGAUCAGUAGCUCAAAACACAAACCACAUUUAGCUUGUGUUUUGGUCAAACCCAGGAGCCUUAUUCAUCAGAUCAGACAUUUCUAGCACGAAGCUUCCCUGACAGGAUUAGGAGUGAUGUAACAGAUUAAUCCAGAUGAAAAGAUUCUGGAUGGAAGAAGUAACAACUUCAUUUCUAAGAGUAUCCUGGUUUCAAACUCUCAAGUCCUAAGAGGUCGGUGAGUUUUGGAGUUUAUAAGAAGAGGUGAUGACUAUUUUUCUUUGUGUCUCAGAAAGAAGUGCUUCAAAGAACUGCCUGAACUGAACUAGAGGGGUUGAUCAAGCUCCCCCAACUGCCAGCCAGGGACAUUCAUUUAAUGUAUGGUGCUGAACUCCACUUUCAGAGAAUUAAAAAACAAUCCUGUUACUAGUUUGACCAGAAGAAAAAUAAAUGUGUCCAGUAUUUUUGAGAAUAGUGGUGCUUUCUGGUGAAUUUCCAGAGAUAUGAAUAAUUUAAAUGAAAAUAAAGAUAAUAAAAUCUGA